CAACUUCCCUUUAAAUUACCGAAUCGACGUUCAGAGAAAAAUCGUAUAAUUCGACACGAACGGCGUCGUUUCGGCACGCCUGCUCUGCGACCGCUAGCGGCGCCAAACGCAACUGCACGCAGGACGCAAGAUGGACGCGAACUUCUGACUUUCUGUUUCUAUUUCGUUUCGCUUUUGCUCGCGCGAGCUGCUCUCAGAUACCGCGGCGUCCCACGGGCAGACGGCGGGGCGCGCUGUCGAAUGAAUUCGAAUCCCGGUCGGAAUUCGAAUUCCGUUAAAAACAGUCCUCCGAACCGAUUCGCUGGCAGCCGUUCGUUCCCACAGCCCCAAUCAACCUACGUUGUCUUUUUGUGCAUUCGCUUCCUGGUUGCAACACACAGUACAAUUCUAGUCCUUCAAAACGCAGUUUAGCUCGAGGGACUGGUCGUCGAGCGUAAUAUUCGUCCUUACCGCUUUAAAUAAACAUUUCAUGUGUGUUUUACGGAAAAGGCGGCAUCUUUCUAUUCGUUAAAGUGGAAUGUCGUGAGCCGUCGAGGGUUAGAAAUAUCUAAUAUAGCGAGUGCAAAGCGAAAACCUGGGAUCUAUGCCUCGUCUUCAUGGAGAAUGAGACUACUCGAUCAACAGAAGGUCUUCUGGAGCCUGUGCAUGCAGGCUCAGUAACCUUUAAUGAGAGUAUUUUAGCCCCACUUCAUAAGAACUAUUUGUAUGAGGAAUCAAAAGAAUGUUUCACGUACAGCUCUGCCCAGUUGAUCAAAAAUGGCACUUUACAAAAGCGGUAUGCUGCAUUUCAUUCCGAAAAACGGGAAAAGGGAUAUUCCGAACAGGAACUUGAAGAGUCGUUUGGCUUCCUGUUGCUUGAUGAUGCAAACAAGGCAAGGAAAAUUGGCGAAACAGGCUUGUUGGUUGGACAGGCAAAGUGCACCACUCUUGGAGACUCCUCAAAAGGUGUCUAUAUCUCAAAAUACUCUGACUGCCUUGACCUGAAGCGCUGGUAUGAUGGCAAGACAGGCUACAUAGUCCUUUUGAAGCUAACCAAGGGAAGAGUGAAAGAGGUUACAGACAACUACACCCAGAAUUUCACUCCUCCGACAGCUGGCUACGACUGCCACAUAUCAGAUCAACUUGGUGCUGUGUCUUCAACUACUAGUUCUUUCUUGGCCUAUGAGCGAACACAGUACUAUAUGUACGAACUCUGUGAUGGAAGCAAUGAAAUAGAAACAUGCCCAAGACAUGCUUGUCCGUUUGCCAUUGUGGCAUUUUCAUAUGGGAAGAUGAGCACCACGACAGAGUUGGAGCAAAAAAGCCAAGACAAAACAGUGUUUCAUUACCAACCGUGGAUUGGGCAGUUCAAGAUUGAAUCUACUGUCUAUGAUGUUGGUCUUCAGUCUUCAAGCGGAGCGUGGUUCCCAGCCAAACUGCCAAAGACAGUUCAAAUUGACCAUGCAAUUUGUGUUUCUGAACUGAAGAGAACCUUGCCACGCGAAAUCUUUGAAACUUGCAUUGUGGGUGAAGUUUGCAUAGAUGGCAGAUGUUUCAACUUGUAUGACGUUGUCUCCUCUAAGGCAAAAAAUGACCUGGCUCAGAUAGCCCAUGAGCUGAAAGAAAAAGACAUGGCUCUUGUUAUCCCUCUGGAAGAUUCUGGGUUUCUUAUACUGUUACACUCUUCACACCUCUUUUCUUAUGAAGAUGCAAAGUUGGGUAAGGCAGCAGCACUCCAAGGCAUGUUUAUUUUCCCAGACUCAAGAACUGUGCCAAGAGAUGCCAAGUCUGACCUGCAAAAUUGUAAGGUGUCAACAGAAAUAAUGCAAGUAAUCCCAGCGCUCAACUAUGCAGAAACAGAGAUGGAAAAAUGUCCUCCAAACCAGCUGGGGUGCUCUCAAAUGUCUUUAGAGAAGCAUUUGCAAGACUAUGGCACACUUUUUAACCCAGGACUAUUGGAUGUUCCCACCAGGGAAGCUAGUAUGUUUCCAGAUCAAUAUGAUGUGCCUGGUGGUUUUACCCUAAUAUCGCCUAAAUGGUCACAGGAGACUGGCACUAGAUUAAAAUCCUAUUUUGAUGAGCCAUGUGGCUUUACUAUUCCAGUAGGAAGGGCAUUGGAGUUACUCACUGUUGGUCGACAACAGCGUGGUGAUGAUCACGACGAUGAUGUCUAUUACUGUAUAUCAUCACCUGAAGAUGUACCGCAGACUGAUGGCCAUAUUGAAAUGGAGGUGACAAAGCAAUCGGAGGCCAUCAGUGAUGCCUCUGAAAAAGUAGAUGAAAUCGUUAAGAAACAAAAAGAUGAGCAAAAGUAUUUGCAGAGCAGUCUCAACCUGCUUUGCCAGAGGAGCUUGGAAAACUGGGAACAGCUGUAG